GGAGGGGCUGUGGGUGCUCGGUGUCCCCGGCCCCGCUCGGGGUCAUGGAGCUUCCCUCCUCUCAGAUUGAGCACGUUCGUGUGGCAGGGGUGAAGCUUGGCUCAUUAAUUCCCUUUGGAAAUGAAGCGACAAUGAGUGGAAAUGAAGAUGACUGAAGAUGACUGGCUGGCUCUCAAACCCCAGGAACCUUCUCCAUCCCAGUGCUGCGGCAGCGGCUGCAAACCCUGCAUCUAUGAUGUGUUUGAGAAGGAGCUUGCACAAUGGGAGAGGGCCAAAGCAAAGCAAGACAAAAGCCUCCUCAUGGAAAAGAAAGAGCAGAGCAGUAAUUCAGAGCUGAAUCCAGAAACAUUUACUGCAUUCAACAUCAGCUCGGUGGAGCAGCUAACAGAGGACACCUACCAGUACAGAUUUGAAUUACCAGGAAACAGCAGCCUGUGCUUGAGUUUAGGACAACAUAUCGUGUUAAGAGGAGUGGUGAAUGGUUUGGAGGUCCAGCGAGCCUACACUCCAAUUAGCCCAGGGGAUGCAGAAGGGUACUUUGAAGUUUUAAUUAAAUGCUAUGAAGCUGGGCUAAUGUCACAAUACAUAAAAACAUGGAAAAAAGGAGACGUGGUCUUUUGGCGUGGGCCGUUUGGAGGGUUCCCAUAUCAACCUAAUAAGCAUGGAGAACUCCUCAUGCUGGCCUCUGGGACUGGCCUUGCACCAAUGCUUCCCAUCAUCCAGUCCAUCACAAGGGAUGAAGAGGAUGAAACCUUUGUAACUCUGGUUGGCUGCUUCCAAACAUUUGACAACAUUUAUUUGAAACCUCUUCUCCAGGAUCUGGCUCGAUACUGGAAUGUCAGAAUAUUUUACAUCCUGAGCCAGGAAACAUCACUGGAAAAACUUCCUUGGAGCUAUCAGGAAAACACAUACACUGGUCGUCUCAAUGAGGACUUGGUGAAGACAGUGGUAAAUUCCUGUCGAAGGAAGCCAUUUGUACUCAUCUGUGGCUCUUCUGCAUUCAAUGAAGAUAUGAGCAGAUAUUUGAAAGCUGCAGGAAUUGAAGAAAAUUCCUGUUUCGUUUUUUAGCAGGAUAUUUCUGACUGAGGAACAUGAGGCCAAACCUUGGUCAUUGUUUCUCUGCAGACAUUGCUGAAAACGGGACAUUUUGAUAGACUGAUUUCCUUGUGCCUGUACUUUCGUAAGCCUUUGGAUCAAAUAUUUGUCUCCAGCAUGAUUCUCACUUUUGAGAGUGUUUUAAGCAUCAGGUGCCACUCCAGAGUGGCUGCUGCAGUCACCCACACCUCAGGGAACAGCAUGGGAAUGGUAAUGGAAGUCUUUACAUGUGGUACUAACACAGGGAUCUCCUGAGGGUACUAAAAAGGAUCCAAGUGCACAGCUCUGCUGUAAUAUUAAAACCAUUGUCUGGCUUUGCAGUCUGUAUUAGUCUGCAGUGGGAUUGUGCCCUGUUACCUGUCCAGGGAGAGAAGACAGCAUGGCCAAGGGAACAGCAGAGCACUGGCCUGGCACUGGGGUCUGGGGGGUUUGCUUUGGUUGUGUCAUUAUCUUGCUGGUGAUGCCAGGCAAGUCACUUCAAGCUCUCUGAGCCUCAGUUGCCCUGUUACACACCAGUACAGAGGAGGAGUUGCACCUUUUACCUUCAUAGAACUGCUGUGUUUAGUAACUACACCUGGAAAUAGAGCCUCUCUGCACA